CUCAUUCUGGUUAUUGUUUCAACCCUUGUGACAAGGACCGUCCAUCGCUGUCCGCUUUACCGCCCUCGCUUUCUCUCGAGUUGGACGGUCUCGUCCCGCUCAAUCAACCAUGGCCAUGGAUCAGAUUCCCGGCCAGAAUAUCUACAUAGGAGGCGUUUUCGCGCUCAAGAACAAAGCGGCCCUGAGUCGCGCGAACAUUACCCACAUCCUUUCAGUGGUCAAACUACAACAAGUGGAUGACAUCUUCGAAUCGUAUCAGCAUCACCAAAUCGAUGUAGAUGAUAUGGACGAUGAGAAUCUCUUAGAGCAUUUCCCGUCUGCCAUCAAAUUCAUUCAGUCCGGCCUGGAUGCUGGCGGAAGCGUGCUUGUUCAUUGUGCGAUGGGGAAGUCCCGCUCGGCCGCUGUCUGCGUUGCCUAUUUGCUCCACCAACAGCCCAGUGCACUAACACCACAGUCCGCCCUUGGGGUGAUUCGCCAGAGUCGAGCAUUUUGUGAGCCAAAUGACGGGUUCAUGGAGCAAUUGUCUAUCUACCAUGAGAUGGGCUGUCCGGAUGACGUUACCAGCCAUCCUCUCUACAGUCGUUGGCUUUACCGUCGCGAGGUCGAAGACAGCGUAGCAUGCGGACGGGCGCCGGAGAUGAAGUCCGUGCUUUUCGAAGACGAGCAGCAGAGAGCGCAGGAGGCCACAGAUCGAACAAGGGAAAUCAAAUGUCGUAAAUGCAGGCGGACGCUGGCAACCACGCCAUUCGUCAUCCCGCAUGGACAGCAACAGGGCGCGAAUGCAUCGAAUGAUUGUGCCCACAUCUUCCUACAUCCGCUGACAUGGAUGCGUCCGUGCCUUUUCCCCAACAGCGCCCCUGACGCUUCGCCUUCCGAAGAGGCGCCGCUCUCCGGCCGCUUGACUUGCCCGAACACAGCCUGCGGGUUCAACAUCGGCAAGUUUGCGUGGCAGGGGAUGAAAUGUAGCUGCAACGAAUGGGUGGUACCCGCCAUUGGGCUUGCCAAGGCCAGGGUUGACAUUUUUGAUCGAGUCAACGCGGGACUUGGAUCGGGGAGGUUGCCGCCGGCAGCGUUGGGCAUCCGGUUGCCGCCCGGUAUGAGACCCAAUAGCGUUGACGAGCCAAAUGGGGGGCGAGGAAGUCUGUGAAGACGCCAGACAGUGACGAACACACGCUAAAGGCAAAUCAGCGUGGCUGAGCACAUCUCAAAUUCUCAGGACACGAAGGAUCGCUCGAGCACUUUAAAAUCAAAUUUUAGAAUAUUUAGCAGCCACAUUUAACGCGAGGCCUUGCAUCCACAUACGUCACGUGGGAUUACGAUCAUCGCCGGCUCUCUUCACUAAUUAGGCCGAGAGCCGGGGAUAAUCUCACAAAGAUCAACGCCACGAAGCCUAUUAUCUUCAUUGCUUCUGUUUUCUUUUUUCUUUCAGGGGCUGGAAGCAGUGGGCCCGUUCGAUUGCCAAGAGAAAAAGGAAACAACAAAGUCUAGAUCGCUAGAUGGCAAGACGUCCGACGCCUUGGAAAGGGGACUUGGUAGACCAGAGAAGCGAACUGCGGGCAGUCCUGCAGUCGUUGGAAUAAUAAGAAUAGAUGAGGCUAGACCCGAGAGCAUUGACAGGUAUUUUUAUAUCUGGACAAUGCUACAGCAAUAGGGUCCGGUCUAGACUUGUUUCAGUGUGACUUUGAAACUGCGCGUGCGUGUGAUUUCAUAGGACCCUGAUGUCGAUCAUUCCCGAGCGGCCUAAGACGCGCCGUUAGUCUUGAAGAUAAUAGAUAGGAAACAGGAGAUAGCAAGUGUCCCACCGACCCAACAACCACCGAAAAAGACGCACGAAUUACCUUUCAAGAUGAACUGUGUCCGGACAUGCCAACCCAGUCUCUACUUCCGUCAUAUCAUCCACACGGUGUACCUCAGGAUGGCACCACCCCUGCUUACCAGUUUGCCUCGAAGCGCUAGAAACCUGUCAGGAUCCAGGGCUCAACCCCACAUCCCCAUGAGGCUGUUUUAAGGCAGCCCCACGAGAGCACGAAGCGACCAAUCACGACUAGAGCAUAGACCCGGGAUCUGCACCGUGGGAAGAUCGGGAGAACAAACUUCGCAAUCUUGCACAGUUCCUGGGCCCGAUUAUUAAGCCGGGGCGGGCAGUAGUAGCCGCCUAGCUUGCCUAGUCGGGACUAGUCUGACAAUGCUCCUUGGUCAUUGCGUAGCCUAAGGGGG